GAUUUUUCAUAUACAUGGUGGAGGAUUUGUAUCCAUGAAUUCAUAUAGUAAUUAAAUAUAUACUAUAAAAUGGGCAAAUAAAAUCAAAUAAAGCUUAAUAAUAUCAAUAGAUUAUUCUAAAAGUCCCGAAAAUCCCUAUCCAAACGCUUUAAACGAUGUCUGGUAAGCCUAUAAUUAUAUAAUAAAACACCUUCCUAAGAAACUAAACGUGAUAUUUAACUCAGUAAUAUUAGCAGGAGAUAGUGCAGGAGGUAAUUUAUGUGUAGGAUUGUUAAAUUUAUUAAUAUAGGAGAAAAAAAUGGAUAUUAUGCCUGAUGGACUAUAACUUACCUAUCCUGCUUUAGGUUUACAAAAGUCCUUUUUUAGUCCAAGUAAAUUAUAUUCACUAACUGAAUAUAUAAUGCCUGCUUCAUUUCUUUAGAUUUGUCUAGAAUGCUAUAUACCGGAAAAUUAUAGGACAUUUUUGGGAGAUUUCGAUAGUCUUUUAAGCCCUGUUUUGAUAGAAAAUUCUAUCAUUUAAAAAUUUCCGAAAUGCUUUAUUAAUUGUGGUGAAUUAGAUCCUCUUUUAGAUGAUACAGUUAGGUUUUUUUAUAAAAUUAACUUAAAUAGAAAUGGUACUUUGAGGAUUUUUAAAGGAUUGGGACAUGGGUAUAUUAAUUAUGGAAUGAAGUUCGGGGUGGGCAUGAGUGCAAGCUAAAAAUGUAUUGAUUAUGUGAUAUAUUGCUUGAUUUUAUUAAUUUAGGAUAAGAGAAAAAAAAAAACAUAGGCGUUUUUCGAAAAAAAUUGA